AACCUUGAAGAACAUGACGAUGUCAAAGCUCCCGGAAAAUUUAACGGUGGACAUUCUCUCAAGGCUGCCCGUGAAAACUCUUUCCAGAUUCAAAUCCAUCUCCAAAGAUUUCCUCACCUAUCUUUCCGACGACCACUUUUUCCACCAACUCCACCGUCUCCGAUCACAAAAAUACCCCUUUGUUCUCUCCGUCACCUUCUCCGUUGAGAAAGAGCCUCUCGCCACCGUCCACAUAUCUUCCUCCGAUCACCGGGGGCAACCCAUUAACCAGUUCGCUAAAAAGAUCGAAAUUGAAUCCCGGCCUGUGGCCGAUCUGCUCCCUUCCCACCACCACCUCGUUUGCAUCGCCUCAAGAAACAACAUUUAUAUCUGCAACCCCAGUACGGAGGAGCUACUUCCCCUGCCUCCAAGCUCUGUUCUGAGGAAAUUCUGCCCAGCAGUAGGAUUUGGUUACUUGCCUUCCAAGAAAGAGUACAAAGUUCUGAAACUGAGUUACCUCCAGGUCGACUUAGACGAUCCUAACAACUGGGUAAUUGAAGCAGAGAUACUUACAAUCGCCACUCCCACCAACAAUCUUUGCGAGGUUUAUUUUUCUUUAUGGAGGGUCUUGAAAGAAAAGUGUCCUUAUGUGGUUGAAGGUCCUUCUGUUUUUGUCAAUGGAUUUGUCCAUUGGAAGAUUCACAAGAAUCCUUUGUGGGUUCAAAUCCGAGGAGGAGAUGAAAGGAUACUCUCAUUCAACCUGGAAGAAGAAAAAUUUCAAACUCUUCCUCGUCCUCUUAGUGUAACAGGGUAUGAUUCUGAAUUCGAGCUAGCUGGAAUUAGAGGGAAUCUCUGGUUAGUUGAGUACACACACGAGAGUUUCGUCAUGGAAUUGUGGGUUCUUAAGGAUUGGGAGAACCCUUUAUGGAAGAGGGAAUGCAGAAUCGAUUGUAGAACAAUUGGGAAAGACAUUGGAGCUCGGAUGAUGCAUCCAUUGGAUUUUCAGAAUGCAGAGGAAAUCCUGUUUAGAGUUGAUGAAUUUGGGUUAAUCCGUUACAAUGUCAAGAAUAAAACUUACUCUGAUUUGAGAGAGGAGAAGAGUAGUUUUAGGUUUUGUUAUUAUACAGAUGGUUUCUUGUCAUUUUGAGAGUUUUCAUUUUUCAUUCAUCAAAUCUUUUUCUCAACCUUUUUUUAUAUAUACAAUAAAAGUAUGGUUUUGUU